GAAACUCCUACAUAAGAGAUAAGAGAAAUCAAACACACUCAACUCUCAAAAUCAAAGAUACCUAAAGCCGAAAGUGAAGGUGUAAGAGAAAGUAUCCAAGAGAAUGAUCGAAACGACGACGAUGGGGACAACCACAAAAGAUUCUACGAAAGGCGAUGACCAUGAAGCGCAUUCUAAAUGGACGACCGGCUUGUGUGGAUGCCGCGAAGAUUUCAAAAACUGUCUAAUUACUUGCUUUUGUCCAUGUAUUACCUUCGGCCGGAAUGCAGAGAUCAUUGACAAGAAUGUUAUAUCAUGUGGUUGUUCGGGGUUGGUGUUGUUUGCACUUUCGUACGUGGGGGUUCCAUGUUUGUACUCCUUCCCAUAUCGACGCAAACUAAGAGCACAGUAUUCAUUGCCAGCAGAGCCUUGCUCAGAUUUCUGGGUUCAUUGCUGCUGUCUUCAUUGUGCUCUUUGUCAAGAGUACCGAGAGCUUAAGAAUCGUGGGCUUGACCCUUCCUUAGGUUGGGAAGCAAAUGCUGAGAAAAUGUACAAGGGUGGAGCCAUGGCACCUCCAGCUGUUCCACAAGAUAUGCCUCGUUAGAUUUUCUGAGGCUGAGUGUAUAAAUUUUACUCUAGACUCAAAUGCACUGUAAUAAUGUGUUCUACUGUUAAAUCUUUCUUUGUAAUGUAAUCUUUAGACAAACCUUUUUCAUUCCAACUUCUUGUAAUAAUAAAUAAGGUCUUAGACUGUUUAGUUA